GCCGCAGGAAAGCGCAGAGAAGACGCCGCGGAAAAAGAUAGGAAGGAGGGAGAGGGGAAAACAGUUAGAAAACAGAAGAAAUAACAACAUGGAGACUAACAGCGUGGUUAGUUCCUGUGUGAAACUGUCCGCUGGUGUUGGUCUGUAGCUCUCCUCCUUUGACGCACAGCUGCUCCGUUAUUUCGGACAAUCUGAGGAGAAAAACGUCAGAGAAUGGGGGAAAUCUUCAGAAAUCCUGCUGCUAAACUGCGCCGUGCUGUCUAAAUAUCUUCUAAACUGGGGAUGGUGCUGCUGUAAACGAGGAGCGCCCCAAAACUCGUCGUGAUCUCCAACCCAGGCCACGCUCAAAGUUUUUUUUUCUUCCAUUUUUGUCAGCUGAAGGGGAAAUUUUUGCUGCAUUGAAUUCCUCUGGACGGGAUGUCAUCCGCAGUCAGGACGAAUUCCUCUGGCUGACUGAUCCUACAGUGUAGCAGGGCUCCAGAGAGAGAGAGAAGAUGGGAGAUGCGACAGAUGACAGAGGGAUGAGGAGGACCUUCAUCGUCCCUGCCAUCAAGAGCUUCGAUCACUACGACUUCACCAGGGCCAAGAUCUCCUGCAGCCUGACGUGGCUGGUGGCCAAGGCGUUCGGCUCGGACGCAGUCCCAGAGGACCUGGUGGAGCCUCUCUACAGGGACCAGUACAAGCAGGAGCACCUGAAGCCUCCGGUGGCCUGCCUGCUGCAGUCCGCUGAGCUCUACUGCCGGGCGGGGAGCCUGAUCCUCCGCAGUGAUGCUGUCAAACCGUUACUGGGACACAACGCUGUCAUCCAGGCCCUGGCUCAGAAAGGCCUGUACGUCACUGACCAGGACCGCCUGGUCACAGAGAGAGACCUGACCAGCACGCCCAUACACAUGAGUUCCCACCUGGCCCUCAUUGAUACCCUGAUGAUGGCGUACACUGUGGAGAUGGUGAGUGUGGAGAGGGUGAUGUCGUGCAUCAACAGGUACUCCUCCGCCGACCUCUCACACGGUGACGGACACAUUCAGGAGCUGCCGUAUGACACAGAGGACGCUAUCGCCACCUGGAUCAACAAGUCCACAGAUACACAGUUUCCGAUUGCCGGUACCUGA